UCUCUAAGAACAUUCAUUUUAGGUUUUCCGUUGGAAAGGUUAAUGGCCAUGCGAGCCAAACAUGCCUUUUCAAUGCUGCUUUCAUUUCGACCAACCCCAAGGCAUCCCCAGAGUUCUGCGCCAAUUCGGACGAGUCGGAUCAAGGAGGUCCUUUCAUCGGAGGGUUUUGCCUAAUUUGGCCUGAGAAUAUUCUGCCACGCCUAUGGCCGGUUGGGUUCUGCAGUCUUCUCCGCUGGUCUCGCCGCCUCGUGUGUAGGCCUCUAUCUUCUCACUGGCCAGCGUAAGGGUGUCUCCAGAACUCUCCUUGCGACACCCAUGGCUCCUCCUCCUCCUCCGCCGCCUCCCCCUCCGCCAAUAUGCCUCCCAUUCAUCGGAAAGAAAAAGCCCAAGCGACUGCCUCGUGAGGAUCGGUCGCACACAGAAUCGUAUACUUCUCAAAGGUCCAGCAUAGAUCGGUUGGAACGCGCAAAUUCCUACUCUCCCACCGCUACGCUCACCUCUAAGGCAGAGAAGCUUUCUUUCUCUACUGAUACCGAAUCUUACGACGUAGCUGGCUAUGUUCCCGCUGCGGACCGCACUGUGCUUAAACGUGCCAAUACCAUGGGGGAGAAGACGAAAGCCUUACCUCCGAUUAAUGAGAAGAGUGGCGGUGGGACGAAAAAGUGGAUUGGUGGUUAUGGUUGGGGACUUGGCAAGAAGGACAAAGAGAAAGAGAUAGAGAGAGAACGAGAGGCAGCUAUAGCCCAGUUGUCCAGGGACAAUUCGUUUUCCUCUACUAGGUCACCACCUCACCGAUCUCCCCGACCUUCUCGCCGUGCCUCAGAUCGGUCUGUCUCAACGUCAUCUUCCCAACCUGCUCAGGCUAGCGCUAUUCCUGGACACAUGCAGCAACGAGGAUGGCAAGGGCAGGCACUCAAUCAGUCCCCCAAUCAUUCUCGCUCCAAUACCUUCAAGUCUCAAUCUUCAGGCCGUUCGCAAAAUCCGCUCACAAGGCGGCCUGGGCUUUUCACGUCAGACUCGUCAAGCACUCUUGUUGGCUCCGCUCUGGAACGCAAGAUCAACGAUGCCAAUGAAGUCGAUUCCUACAGAGAACGUCCUGAUACUUCUGAGCGUUUGGAGGCGUUACGAGAGCUAAUGACUAAAGACCAGCUGGACUACUAUGUCAUUCCUUCGCAGGACGCCCAUGGUUCGGAAUAUGUAGGCGUUAACGACAAGCGCGUGGAAUGGGUUUCUGGCUUCACGGGCUCAGUCGGAACUGCCAUCAUCUCGACUUCGCGAUCGUAUCUCAUCGUUGACUCCCGAUACUGGACUCAGGCUGAGCAACAGACAGACAAUAACUGGCUCGUCAUUCGUGCUGGUGAUGUUGACCGUGACGCUCCAAAGGACUGGGUCAUCUGGCUCGUUGACCGGGUGAAGGAGUCUCGAAUUGGCAUCGAUGCGCGAAUGAUUGAACAUAGGAAAGCUACCGAUCUCAACUCACAGCUUGUAGCCAAGAAGUCGAAGCUCGUGUAUCCGCCUCAAAACCUGAUUGAUCUCAUCUGGAAAGAGAAACCUAGUCGAAGCAAAGAAGCCAUCUUCGUGCAGCCUCUGCAUUUCACUGGUCAGGAAGCGGGCGCCAAGUUGGAGAAACUGAGGCAAUGGAUUAAAGAACAGAAGCCCUCAGUUUCUUCAUAUGCCAAGUCUGAGCCGAAGCCUGCUAAUAAACAGGUUGCGACGCUCGUGUCGAAUUUGGCAUGCAUUGCGUGGCUGUUAAACCUACGCGGAGACGAUAUCCCAUUCAACCCUGUGUUUUACUCGUAUCUGUUUGUAUCUGCCGACCAAGCGCUUUUGUUCGUCGAUUCUGCCAAAGUGAGCCGAGAAGUUGACGAGUAUCUAAGCUCGAUUGGCGUGGAACGUCGAGAGUACAACGACAUCUGGACAUUCCUGCGACGUAAGGAAUGGGGUGAGGGCAAGAUCAUCAUCUCGCCUCAAACUUCAUAUGCAAUCUCUCUCAUGCUUACCUCCUAUCGAUACACCGUCCUGCCUUCACCCAUCGAAGAUUGGAAAGCGAUCAAGAACCCAACCGAGCUCCAGGGACUUCGAAACGCCUACCUCCGAGACGGUGCGGCGUACGUUCGAUGGUUGGCUUGGUUGGAAGAUAAGAUGAACAACGGUUAUAAUAUUACUGAGUACGAAGCGGCGUGGAGGUUGACGGAAUACAGGAGACAAGUGCGACAUUACAAGGGUCUUGCUUAUGAAAACAUCAGUGCUACAGGGAGCAAUGCCGCUAUUCCGCAUUACACUCCCCAUAAGCGUACUGCAGUAGACAUCGAAAGGGACACUCCUUACCUAAAUGACUCUGGGGGGCAGUACCGAGACGGAACCUGUGAUACCACACGCACAGUGCAUUUUGGUCUUCCUACUUCGGAGCAGUGUGAGGCUUUCACUCGGGUGCUUCAGGGACAUAUCGCUAUCGACAGUGCUAUCUUCCCAGAAGGCACUGAUGGGCUGAAGCUUGAUGUCCUUGCGCGUCGAGCUCUUUGGCAGGACGGACUCAAUUAUGGGCACGGAACCGGACACGGUGUCGGCUCCUAUCUGAAUGUCCACGAGGGCCCGCAUGGAUUCUCUUCUACUGUCCCGCUUGAACCUGGACAUGUCGUCACCAAUGAGCCCGGCUACUACAAGGAAGGUGAUUUCGGUAUCCGGAUCGAGUCGGCUCUCAUUGUCAGGCCAGUGCAGACGAAACAUGAAUUCAAUGGCCCCAUCUGGCUCGGAUUCGAGCGCUUAACAUGCGUUCCCAUCCAAACGAAGAUGGUGAAGGACUCGAUGCUUUCGAAGGAAGAAAAACAAUGGCUCAAGGAUCAUAAUCGACUAUGUUUCGAAAGGCUUGAGCCCCUUAUCAAGGACGAUAAGCGUGCACUCAAGUGGCUCAAACGGGAGGCCAACCGUGGAAUUGGUCUUGCCAGCCCAGUGGGCGGCAUGCAUGUAGAAUGGUGAACGAUACCAGAUACCAUUCAUACCCAGACAACCGUACGAUUCCCCACCCACAUUCAUACCUAUCUAACGCCAUAUUCUGUGUACCCAUCGCUCACCUUUUUCUCUUCGUCUCUCUUUCACUUCGUUUUCUGCCUUCUGUAUUCUGUUUCUUCUUUCUCUGUGCGUCUUUGAUAUGUUUACGAGACAUUGUAACAUUUUUUCUUAUACCUUAGAUUCUCAGAAUAAGGGGUGUCAUAGGGCAUUCCCUCUUUCUCUUUCUCUAUCCUCUAUUUUUCCUAGGAUUUCCUUGCCGCCGUUAUUUGGCCGACUGAUUUCCCGCUUCCUCCCCUUCGUCUUACCCUGGGAACUAUUGUGUUGCUCGAAAUUAUCUAUCUCAUCCUUAUGCUUCCCCUUGCGCUUCCUGUAUAUACUUUUGGUUGGCUGUACUUAUCGCCGGUAACCUGGUUCGUCAUCGGUGUUCGGCAGUUUUCAUCUUCAUGUACUAUUCUGUUUGUUUUCGUAGGUAACUGCUUGUAGAUAACGAUGUGACACGGCCUUGGAAUGAAUGAUAUUACGAGUUUAAUUAAUGUAUCUCGUUUGCUCAAGUCUUUCAAGACUGAUGGGGCAGUCGAAGCAAUGGAUACAAAGAAAGCC